AUGCGCUUUUUGCAGGGAGUUUCCUUCGGUGCUGAUUUCGCAGCUAUCGGCCUCAUCGUCGUCCACUGGGCUUCCUUGAAACAGCACGGUUUCUUCAUCUCCCUCCUGUCGUCGUUCUCCCAGAUUUCAGUGAUGUUCACGAUGCCUGUAUCUGGAUUGCUCUGCAACUCAUCCUGGGGAUGGCAAAGCGCGUACUACGUCCACGGAGCGUUGUGCAUGUUCCUGUUCUCGCUUUGGUGGUGGUACUACCGUAACGACCCUGUUGACCACCCGAAAAUGACGGAAGUCGAGCUCGAGAAGAUUCAGCGCGGCAAGAAGGAGGAGGAGCUCGGGCAACAUGAGGCUGUACCAGUUGGGGCAAUCCUCCGGGACCCCGUCGUUUGGAGCGUGUGGUUUUCGGCCUUCGGAGAGCUGAUGAUGUCCCAAUUCAUCGUCCUCUACGGCCCCACUUUCAUCAAGGAGGUCCUCAACUUCUCCGUCGGAAAAUCCGCCAUGAUGGUCGCUAUGCCCCGAUUCGUCCAUCUUUGCUUCAAGAUCAUUUCCGGACAUUUGAGUGACAAGAUUAAGUUCCUCUCCGAGAAGACCAAGAUGAUCAUCUUUAACACGAUCUCCCUGAUGGUGUCCGGCUUCUUCUUCUGCGUACUUGGCUUCAUUCCCAAGGAACAAGCGUUCUACAGUAUCGUCAUCCUCUUUAUCAUCGAGGCGACGACCGGAUGUAUUUGCGGCGGUUUCUACAAGUGUGCUACCCUCGUGGCAAGACAACACUCCCACUUCGUCCUCUCUGCCAUCCAGUUCAUCAAGUGCCUCUCCCUCUUCAUCGAGCCCACCCUGAUUUUUAUCUUCUGCCGCAACAACACACUUGCCGAGUGGCGAAUCGUGUUCCUCAUUCAUGGCGGUCUCCUGAUUGGCGGCAACAUCAUCUUCUGCUUCUUUGCCACCGACAAGCCGGCAAAGUUCACCUACACGCAGGCCGACGAGACCGACGAGCUGAAGCAGGAGCCGGAGAAGCAGAGACUCACCGACGCGCCACACGAA